AUGAAUCUUGUGCCGACGGCGGCAGCACGGACGAACCGUCCUCUACGCCAUGAAUCUAGCCCCACUAGCGUAACUAAAAGACAGGCGAGGGCGUUGCAAUGGGAUGCACGAGGUGAAGUGGUGAAGGUGAACAGUGCAGGCAAGUUUGUUCCGGGGAAAGAUGGAUACCCGGCUAGCGGUGAGCCAGUCAGUGCCUCGCAGAAGGUAAUACCGUACAGACCGGAGUCGGCGUUCGACCACCACAACGUAUUUUCAGACGAUUAA